AUGUACCUGCGAAGAUUCUCCGUCGCUGUGGUGUCGGGCCUUGUUGGAUACGGGGCUUGGUAUGCUUACAAGGGCAACGGGACAGAUUUGCAGCAGGCGCCCGGAUUCUCAACCUCUGCAAUCAACUCCCUGCAGAACCCCCAGGCAACUGAAAUUGCGAGGAAGGCUGUGAUUGUUGGAGCCGAUUCUCUCUACACCGGCCCAAUUACAGGAGAGGGUCCUAUAUCGAAGGAUACGGAUGGCGCUGGGAGGAAAGUACUGGAGAUGUUGACACCGGAACAAGCUACACAGAAGUUGAGACGAAAUGAGGAGUCCUACCUGGUGGGACGAGGCAAGGGUGUUGUGAGAUAUGAUGUCGUGCAGGUACCGAGCAAUGAUCCUAUCGAGGAUGAUCACGCAGAAAAGAUAAUCGAAUUGCCGUCAGCAUUGUCUACCGCCACAGCUGAUGGGAACCCUACGAGUGACUGGAUGUUCUGGGGGGUCUUCGAUGGGCAUGCAGGCUGGACUACAUCCGCGAAAUUACGACAGGUUCUCAUCUCCUUCGUCGCUCGAGAAUUAAACAACACCUACAAAGCAGCAUUAACCAAUCCCUCCUCUAAAGCUCCCUCUCAUGAAGCAAUUGAAACCGCUAUCAAGACGGGCUUCACAAGACUUGACCAUGAAAUCGUGCACGAAAGCGUUGAGAAGGUCUUGAAAGCCAACUCCAAAUUGGUGGCGGCGGAACUCCUUGCCCCGGCCCUCUCAGGCUCUUGCGCUCUCCUCUCAUUCUACGACACCAACACCAAUCUCCUCCGUGUGGCCUGCACAGGCGAUUCGCGGGCAGUGCUGGGCCGUCGGGGCGAAAGUGGAAAAUGGAUCGCGACUCCCCUCUCUGUUGAUCAAACUGGCAGUAACCCGGAUGAAGAAGCAAGGAUGCGCAAACUUCACCCUGGUGAGGAUGGCGUGAUCCGUAACGGUCGAGUUCUCGGCGGACUCGAACCAUCGCGAGCUUUCGGUGAUGCAACAUAUAAAUGGACACGGGAAGUCUCCGAAAAGCUCAAACGAUCUUUCUUCGGGCGCACGCCCUCACCUAACCUCCGCACCCCUCCUUACGUGACCGCUGAACCUGUCAUCACAACCACAAAGAUCGAGCCAGAUAAGGGAGAUUUCUUGGUGAUGGCCACAGACGGUCUGUGGGAGAUGCUUACUAACGAGGAGGUCGUCGGGCUCGUCGGGCAAUGGAUCGAGAAGCAGUCUUCCGAUACAAAGGGUAAUAUGGGGUCCAGUUGGGUGAAGAUGUUUUCCAAUGAGAAGAAAGGACUCCCGGUUGAACAUGUGAAAGGGAAUGAGAGGAGGGGCAGAGAUGGCCAAAAACAGCCCAUCAGACAACAGCAGUGGGGCGUUAAAGGAGGGGAGAAUGAGCGGUUCGUCGUUGAGGAUAAGAACGUUGCGACACAUUUGGUGAGGAACGCACUGGGUGGAAAGGAUAGGGAUAUGGUCUGCGCAUUGUUGACUCUGCCAGCCCCAUACUCGAGGAGAUAUCGGGAUGAUUUGACGGUCGAGGUUAUCUUCUUUGGCAACUCUGAUAAGAGCGGUGAUGUAGUGGUGAACAACGAGGCGAGCGCGUCCGGUCAUGAGGUCAAGGCAAAAUUAUGA